AGCUGGAGGGGCUCGAGCGCAAAUGCCCCUGGAACCGGAUAACACACCGCGAUAGCGAAGCAGAGGUCUUCCAAAACCCAACGCGGCAAACGGCUUCCUCACCCCCCCUCCCCUCGCCAUGGCCGUCCCCACCUCCACCUCCUCCCCGCUCCCCCUCCUCUUCCUCCAUCGCUGCACCGCAAACUCUAGCCCCUCGGUUCUCUCCUUCCCGUCCUCCCUCCGCGGCGCGUCCCUCCGCUCCCGGGCCGCGGCCGCACCGCCCGCAGAGACCCUCUCUGACGACGGCAUCCCCGACGCGCCACCGGAAGGGGCAGGAACGGGAAUUCCGUUGCCAUCGUCGAUUGGGGAUGAUGGGGAGCAGCUUGCACCCAAGCAGAAGAUCAGAAUCAAGCUGCGGUCCUACUGGGUGCCGUUGAUAGAGGACUCGUGCAAGAAGAUAAUCGAAGCUGCCAAAACAACCAACGCAAAGACCAUGGGUCCCGUUCCUCUGCCCACUAAGAGGAGAGUCUAUUGUGUGCUUAACUCUCCUCACGUGCACAAGGACUCACGGUUCCAUUUCGAGAUCCGGACGCAUCAGCGGCUGAUUGAUAUCAUGUAUCCAACUGCCCAAACAAUUGAUUCGUUGAUGCAACUCCAGCUCCCUGCCGGUGUGGAUGUUGAGGUUAAGCUAUGAUUCUGUUGGAGCUGAACUUUCCGAAGUUUGAUGUAAUGAGGUAUUCAUUUUCUGCAGCUUUUCUCUGGGACUGAAAGAAAUGUAGUGCCUGUACUAGGAAAGAAGAUGUUCAGAAUUGAAUGUACUUGAUUUGAAGUAUAUCAGAUGAUAUGGUUCAUGCUAGCUGUAUACUUGUAUUACUGUAUUGGUGGCACUAAAAUUUCUUCUAGCAAGUCUGAAGCAGACGAAGGAUUGGCCAAAUUUGUAAGCUUCUGAAGGAUCGUUUGAGUCGUCUGGAUAAGCAAAAUACUCUUUCUUGCUGGUUGCACU